AUGCGGCCGGGCGGGGCUGUGGAGGAGAUGAACAGUAGCACGUCUGGGUCCCUUUUCUCGGACAACAACGGCCAACACGGAGAGCUGACGCAUGUAGACAUAACCGUCAAAACUCUGCUUAUUUUGCAGCAUAUCAUUCUCUGCGAGUCCCAGAAGAGGUUAAACUCUUUGGGUGAUCCAGUAGGGACAUCUACAAUCGUUAUCACAAAGAGGCCAGCUCUCCUCCUUGUGACGACAUUCUACAGAACAUUUUUCGACACGGUCGCAGCAGCAAUAAUUGACCGAUGCUCAGCAGGCAUGAACCGCGUUGAUCUCCGCGCAUGA